CGACGGAAAAAGCGUACACACUUGGUGACGGAUUCAAUUUCAGAUGAAUAUACUCUUUAUAUCCUCGAUAUUUAACCCUAUAAUCUUUUUUAUUUUUGAUCAUCACAAAUAGUGGGAAGCUCUUGGUAACUAGCCACAAAUUUUGGCUACAUGACGAUGAUGGCAACUUUCGCGGCAAAUAUUGGCUUCAAAAUCUCUCAUCAGUUUCCGUCUCGCGUUUUUUCAACUGCCCGGAUCUUUUGGAGGUUUCAGAUUGCUUGCUUGAAGAGCAGAGAGUUUAGUUCUUCUGUUCCUGCUAGGUACAUUCCUAAAUCACCUGAAACUGCUCUGCCAGUGAAAAGCCUAGAAAGUUCUAGCUUCCCUGAUGUUAGUGUGCCCAAGAUAAAUGGUGGAAGUGAGGCUAAUUCAACUAUUGCACAUUAUGGAACUUCUCGCAAUCCGGAUGAAGUUCACACUGACUUGCUCUUUGAUGACAAUCAAGAAGGUUCUGAGCAGAUGGAAGAGGUUGGAGAGUUGACAAUCCACCUGGCAGGAGACGCGUGUGAAAAGGAUUUAAUACAAACUGACAAAUUUACCAAUGAUGUUGAGCAAUCAGCUAUUAAGCUACUUGCAGUUAGGGCACUCACAGCAGUCGAGUUAAGAAAAAAAUUGCUUGGAAAGAGAUUUUCUCCUAAUGCAGUGGAGGCAGUGAUAAGCAAGUUGCAGAGAAAAGGGUUUAUCAAUGAUAGGUUGUAUGCUGAAUCAUUUUCUCAAUCUAGAUGGUCUUCAUCAAGUUGGGGGCCAAGGAGGAUCAAACAAUCUCGUUGCCAAGCAAAAGAGGAAAUGAUUCUAAUCUCCAUUUGCGAUUUGAGAUCCUCCAUUGACGCUCAAUCUGCAGCUCUCGUCUUAAAGUAUAUUAAGAUUAAGCAGAGAUUCUCAGGAGUGGGAACCUUAACAUUGUUAGCAAAUAUCCUAUUUUUCUGGCACUGUUCAAGAAGGGAGUUAGUCGAGCUGAUGCUGAAAAGGCACUUGAAGUGGUUUUUGAGGACAAUGAUUGUGCUGAAGAUCAUCAGUCAAUUAUUGGAAUGUCAAAGCAGUCCAUGGAUCAUCUUUAUGCUCAGGCCUCAAAGCAGUGGCUCAGAUGUCAGAAUGUACCCAAGGAGACAAGAAAAUCAAGGAUUGUGAGGUGGCUUCAAUACCGCGGAUUUGACUGGAAUGUCACUAGCUUCAUCUUGAAGAAAUUAGAGAGGCAGGAGCAGAAUCCUCCAUAGUGCACACAAUAGGGACAUCCAAAGUUCAUACCAAUCUGGAAAUCCAAUGGCGGGGUCCGUACAAGUUUCUUGUAUUGUUUAGUGUGUAAAAGGGUAGGGUUGAAGCCUCCAUUGACUCAUAAUGGUGUUGCAAACAAACUAGCAUUUGAUUGCUUCAAUGUGCUCUAGGCCAUAUGGAAUCGGAGCACACAAGACUAUUCUUGUCUGAGUACAUUGAAGCUACUUUUUUUUACACUCAGGCUGAGAUAAGGAACAAGCACCACUGAGGACUGAGGAGGUUCUACUUGUGAUCCACUUGUCUGGCCAGUCUUGGAGAUAAGCAACUCUUUGGUACUCUUGUAUUACUGAAGUUUCGUGCUCAAAGAAGUUACAAUGCUAUUUAUUGGUUAAUUUAUUUGAUCUGAAUCAUGUUUAUGAGAAAUUGUAUUGAACCUCAUCAGCUUCAAGUUCUUGCAAAUAUUAUUUCCAACUUUUUCAUUUUGGCAA